UUCUGUGUACAUUUCAAAAUUGUGGCUUGAACGCUGUGGAUUAAAUUUUAGUUCAUCGUUAUUUUAGUUUGUUGUCGAUAAAAACAGAUAAAGAAAGUCAUCAGGCGGUCUUUUCUGAUACUCUGGAAAUACAGACGUUUCUUCACGGUGUCUGUGUUUUGUCGUAAAAGCUACUUUAAACCGGUAAUUCAGUUUAGCUGUGUGACAUUCAGAGAUGGGCAAAGAGCUGAAAAGUAAACAAGGCAGAGCUAAACGGAGAUCCAGCGAGCGGGACGCCGAGAGCUCCGCGGGAAAGAGGCAGAAAACUGAGAAAACCGAGGGAGAAAAAGAGAAACAGAAAAGCGAUGCUUCCAGGCUUAAAGGUGCAUCCAGGUCAAGUGGAAGCAUUAAAGGAGUGAAGGGAAAAGCUGGUGGGAAGAAAAGUGUGCACAAGACCACCCAGGAGAACAACAGGAAACGUUCUGGUGGAUCCAAAAGUGCCUCUGAAGUGAAAAGAAACAAAAAAGGACAGCUUGUUUUUGAAGAUCACCCAGAGUUCCAGCCCAAUAUGAGCCCAAAGGAGGUGCUGCAGGCAGGCAGUUUUGGUGGAACCUACUUCAGACCCAUCUACUCUAGCAUCACCAAGCAGCACUAUAAGGAUGUGUGGAAAGAGCUUCCUCAAGACUGGCUCCAAGGACUCGACAUCCCCAAACAAGUGUCUUCAGCGACGUACAGAGAGGAAGUGAACACUUAUAAAGUGAAGUGUGGGGGCAGUUUGGAGAUGUGGGAGAGCAGCGGCUGGAUAAAGCCUCAGGACCCUUAUGGCUGGUUCCAGUGGUACUGCAGGUUUUAUGAGGGUCGCCGCACGGAAGACGAUGUGCGGCAGAUCAGUCGAUGGGCCAACUGUGCUGGGGUCAAAGGUCGUUGGCGAAAUAACCUCAUUACCAAGGUUGUGCGGUCCGGCCGAAGGUUUGAUGACCCCAGUGUGUCUCCGGUGGUCCGGCAGACCCUCCAGCACUGGGGCUACCGACUCACUGAGGAGGAUUACAGACAAGGAGCGAAAAGGGUCAAACCCAGCUAAACACAUAACAGGAGUCACUCUGUCCGCUUUACCUCUAACUGUACCGUCACCCCUUUAACCUCACACCCUCAGGGAGUUUCUCCUUUUGAGUCUUUGUUUCUCUCAGUGGUUCCUCCUCAUGCUCUUAGGGAGUUUUACCUCACACUGCGUGUCUUGGCAGUACUCAGUCGAGACAUAACCAACAUUUUAGGACACAUUUUAAAAUGUUAAGGUCAUAAAAUGUCUUAAUAUUAAAGGUUUUAAAGUCUAAAUUGAUGUAAAUGAAAGAUGCUGUAUACAUAAAACUCUCCAGUUAUUAUAUCAGAAUAUCUAGAGUUUGUGCAAAGGAAAGUGUGAUUUCACAGCGUCUUCUACCAGCAAAUUAUUAGAGUUUUUAAAUGUAAUAUUCCAGUUUCC